GUACUCAAACAGAGUAGAGACACAAGAGCCUCACUGGGUAUAGCAGUGUGAGGUAAGAGGUCCCUUAUGUUGGUACCUGCAUUUGUCAGUUAGAGGCUGCUGAUGAUCCAAAAUAAGACGCAGAAUAUGGAAGCAGUCCAGAGCUCUACCUAUCCUGUCACCCUGGUUCUGCUGGGGGAGUUUGGCUGUGGGAAGAGUGCCAGUGGAAACACCAUCCUGGGAGAAAACAAGUUUGCAUCAAGGGCCACUGCAGGACCACUCACCACUCAGUGUCAGAAAGAAGAGAGGGAUCUCAAUGGAAAACGGGUGACAGUCAUCGACACCCCAGACUUCUUUGAUCAACACAUUAAAGAUCCAGAAAGACAUGUUAGGCAGUGCAGAGAGAUGUGUAAGGGCAGGGAGUGUGUGUACCUGCUGGUCAUCCAGAUUGGCCGCUUCACUGAGAGAGAGAGAGACAUCUUAGAGAGACUAGAGAAGAAACUGGGGAGGAUUGGAGAGAGAACCAUCAUCCUCUUUACAUAUGGGGAUAAUCUGAAAUAUGGUCAGAGUAUUGAUGAUUAUGUCAGAAGCACCGACCCACACCUCCAGAGGUUGAUUGGGAAAUGUAGGGACAAGUAUCAUGUGUUCAACAAACAAGAACAGAGAAGAGUGGAGAGUGCAGGUGGAGAGGCUCAUGGAACAGGUAUAUAA